AUGGCAGACAAACAAGUCGAUAGCGAAAUGAACGGCGAAGAUUUCACCAAGGAUGUUACCACCAAUGAUGUGGCGAGCUCUGAAAAUGGUGAUUCGACCGCCGCUGCCGGUGCUGCAAAUGGCAGUUCUGAAAAUGCAGCUGCUGCGGGUAACCAGCGUGAUGACGACAGGAAACUAUUUGUUGGCGGCCUCAGUUGGGAAACGACUGAGAAGGAACUGCGCGAUCAUUUUGGCAAGUUCGGUGAGAUCGAGAGCAUUAAUGUAAAAACAGAUCCUCAAACGGGCAGAUCGCGUGGCUUUGCCUUCAUUGUGUUCACCAACACAGAGGCAAUUGAGCAAGUGAGUGCCGCUGAGGAGCACAUCAUCAACAGCAAGAAGGUUGAUCCCAAAAAGGCAAAGGCGCGCCAUGGCAAGAUAUUUGUGGGUGGCCUGACUACAGAGAUAAGCGAUGAGGAAAUCAAAACCUACUUCAGUCAAUUUGGCAAUAUUGUUGAGGUGGAGAUGCCAUUUGACAAGCAAAAGUCACACCGCAAGGGCUUCUGUUUUAUUACCUUCGAUUCAGAGCAGGUGGUUACCGAUUUGCUGAAAACGCCCAAACAGAAAAUCUCUGGCAAGGAAGUUGAUGUUAAGCGCGCAACGCCAAAACCGGAGAAUCAAAUGAUGGCCAUGCGUGGCGGUGCGCGAGGUGGCAUGCGAGGUGGACGCGGUGGAUACGGACGUGGUGGUUAUUCCCAUCAAUGGGAUGGCCAGGGUUCGUAUUCGGGCUAUGGCGGCUAUGGUGGUUAUGGUUCCGGUGGCUUUGCCGAUUACUAUGCCGGUGGCUACUAUAAUGGAUAUGACUAUGGUUAUGGCGGCGGCGGCGGCGGAUUUAAUGGUGGCAAACAACGCGGCACUGGACGCCAGCCACGACACCAGCCCUACUAGGCGGGGGCCGUUUUGGAGUCCGAACACAUCUACUUAUAACUGCAAACUAUUUGAAUUUAACUUAGUUUAGUUUGUUAUGCAUACUACAAAUCCACACAGACACAGACACCUACAUCCACUCACACACACAGACACACACAACAACGCCUAUAAAGCGACUGCAGGGCAGACCUCAUAUUCUCAUGGCAAGUCUAGCGGCGCAGAUAUACAACCACAAUACACACUUGUUGUGUGGCACCAUUCCAACAACAACAACAAAAACAACAACCAACACCACAGCGGAAGCGGCAACUACAACCUGGCCAAGAAACAACGCAUCUUUUAUAUAUAUAUAAAUAUAUAUACACUAACACACACAAAGAGAGAGAGAGAGAGAGAGAGAGGGAAAGAAAUAUAUACAGGAUAGAGAGUUAGGCUUGGAGAAAUGUAAUUUUUUUUAGCAAGUGGCUAAUUUUUCAUAGCCACACGCUCGUUAAGCCAGCAUUGCCCACCAACAGAAACCCCACACAGUACCACAAUAUUAUGCUACACUCACUUUGUGUGUGCGCGCAUGUGUGUGUGUGUGUGUGUAUGUGUGGGGCUAAACUAAUUUGUUUUUUUUUCUAAUGUAGUCUCAUACAUUAUGCGAGGUAAUUGUUUAACUUGUAAGCAGGGUCAGGCAUACAGGAGAUAUACCCACACACAACAUACACACACACAACAUACACACACACACACUCACACACGCAUGAAUACAAACAUUAAGAGACACACACACACACUCACACAUACACAUACGAAAUACAGAUAAAACGGCAACACAGUUUAAUAGUAACAGUAAAUACAUUAUAUAAAAUACAAUAGUCGUUAAGUAUUUGUUUAAACUUAAUUAAUUAAUAACUGUAAUAUGUAAUGCAUAAUUAUCAUAAUGCAACGCUAGGCAGCUGGCGCUCCUGCGGUGCGGGCGGGCUAUCUUUUUUAAAGCGGAUGCACCAUAAUGGCAAACGUUUCGCAUUGUCCAAGUCCGCUUGAAACUACAACAAACAACAAAUCCACCAAAUUACAAAUAACAAAUGAUUUUUCCGAUAUAACUGGUAAA